GGACCUGGACACCGCUGUAGGAAGCGAUGCAGAGCCACUGCUGAGGAAUUAUCCAGCAACUUUAAAUAGAAUAUUCCACUUUAGUGUCACAGUGAAUGUGACUUCGUUUACCGGUCAAGUCUGAUCGUGCAAGAGUUUGGAAUUGUUUCCUUCGUAUAAAUAAAACUGAGCAAUUUUCAAAAAGCGUCACUGGAAAUAAAAUCACUUUCUUUGAUUAAUUCUAGAGAUGAGUUGCAUUUUAAACACGAUAUCAGCCUCUGAGGGAAUAAGAAAUACGACCCAAAGGUUCACUCGCCUGGUAACAUAAAUGACUCUACUUGGCGCAGUAACUGGGAUUUAACAGCCGGGUGAAAAUAAAGGGUGAAGUUGGGAUUUACCAGGCAGUCAGUAUUAUCUUUAGGACCCGGCGGAGCGCUCAUAUGUAACUGGACAUAGUGGCUCCGUUUGAGGAAGAUUGCUUAUCUCUCUCCUCCUCUCCCGUCCACAACUCGGCUGAGCUGAGAAAUCUAUCUAACCUAUCCAAACGACCCCAGGAGUUACUCUCCACCGGGAUGAUGUGUUUUAAUACGCGCUGAUGGACUCUAAUGAUUUUGGGACCACUGUGAAUCCCUUAUACCUGUACGUGAAGUAUUUGUUGUGCGCCAUUCCGAUGAACGCUGCGCCAAGAGCAGCGCUGCGUAAAGUCAAACAGCUCGUGUGGACAGCAGACGAUACGCGACGGCGUUUGUAAGCGCGACAGAGACUGUCUGAACGCGAGAGAGUCACGAAGUGUUAUUUUGGAAGAAGAGGCUGCGUUUUUUUUAGUCAAACGCAAAAGUUGAAAGUAAAGUUGGGACUAAGAGAAAACGCUGUGCUCUCCGCAUGAAUGCGCGCUUUCUGCGCAUACGUUGCUUUUAUUGACCCAUCUGGUGGGAAAUUAGAAGAAUUUGGAGAGAGAAGAAGCAGUCAAAGGCAUGUGAGAAUCUCUCUGCAACUACUCUUGGUAAAUAACUUGUUGAAUGAGCAGCCCGCCCAAGGAGUUCGUUUAAAUGAUGCUGCUUGUGGUAAGAAAAAAAAACACACACACAAUCGACAAGAGAUCAAGCUAAGACAUCUGACAGCCACUGACUUAUGAGGAGUGUCACUCCUCGCUGCUCAUCACGUCUGACCGUCAGUUGACCCCUGCAUCAACAUUCAGCACUUCUGGAGAAGCUCACUUGUUGACACACCUCAUCAGCCAGGCACAAGAGGCGGCAAUCGAAGACAAAAUAACUGAAUGGGGGCUAAUCGUCGCCUGAAGCUGCUGACACACAAGUAGCAACAUGCUGCCACAGUUCCCAAAUCCUCCACUGCACCGUUCAAAGCUGCAGUUCAUUUAGAAACUUCUCAGCGAUAUUGCCAUCUCUGUGACGAAGCAGCGGCUGUAAACACACAAAAAAAAAAGAAAAAGAAUAAUUCCACAGAAACCACACAGAACGAGAUCAGCGAUGCUUUGGCCCAUAUUGUUCAUUCUGCAAGCUGUCUGCACCAGCGUGGCACAUGCCAUGCAACAUUACCCGGCGGCCUGGGGACACUAUGACGUGUGCAAGUCCCAGAUCUAUACAGAGGAGGGCCUGGCAUGGGACUACAUGGCCUGUCAGCCGGAAGCCACCGACAUGACAAAGUACCUGCGAGUGGCCCUCGACCCCCCAAAUAUCACGUGUGGAGAUCCGCCAGAAACGUAUUGCGCUUUGGAAAAUCCUUACAUGUGCAACAAUGAAUGUGACGCCACCACUGAGGAGCUGGCUCAUCCUCCCGAGUUGAUGUUUGACUUUGAAGGUCGCAAUCCCACAACUUUUUGGCAGUCCUCCUCAUGGAAGAAAUAUCCAAAGCCCCUGCAGGUCAACAUCACGCUGUCAUGGAACAAGACCAUUGAGCUAACUGACGACAUCGUGCUGACCUUUGAGUCAGGUCGACCAGAGCAGAUGGUCCUGGAAAAGUCGCUCGACUACGGCCGGACCUGGACCCCGUACCAGUUCUACGCUACUGACUGCCUGGACGCCUUCACCAUGGAGCCCAAGACAGUGAACGAUCUGACCCAGCGCACCCUGCUGGAUAUCAUCUGCACUGAGGACUACUCCAGAGGCUACGUGUGGAAGAACGACAAGACGGUACGUUUUGAGAUCAAGGACCGCUUUGCCCUGUUUGCCGGGCCUCGACUACACAACAUGGCCUCACUGUACGGCCAGCUGGAUACCACCAAGAACCUGAGGGACUUCUUCACCAUCACUGACCUGAGGAUUAGGCUGCUGAAGCCAGCCACUGGUGCCACCAUGGUGGAUGAGAACAACCUGUCCAGAUAUUUCUACGCCAUCUCCGACAUCAAGGUGCAGGGCAGGUGCAAGUGCAACCUGCAUGCCAACAGCUGUGUGUUUGACAAGGGGAAGCUGGGCUGUGAGUGCGAACACAACACUACAGGGCCAGACUGCAGCCGCUGUAAGAGGCACUACCACGGAAGAGCCUGGAGUGUGGGCUCCUACCUCCCCAUCCCCAAAGGAACUGCAAAUAUUUGUAUUCCCAGCAAUCACGGACCAGUGCAUCGAGCAAAUGCCUCAUCUCUUGGUGUUGCAAAUCGUAACCAAGCUCGAGUGUGUGACAACGCGAUGCAACGCUGUCAGAACGGUGGCACGUGCCACCACCAUCAGCGGUGCCAUUGUUCCCCUGGCUUCACGGGCGUCCUGUGCGAGAGAGCUCGCUGCCAGGGCCCCGGGGAGUGUGAUGACCAAUUGUCUGGACGGGCCUCCUUCCAUCAUCCCCCCAUCGGCUGCCAGCUCGCCCUCACCCUCGUAGUGCUCCCGCUGCUGAUUGUUUCCCUUUGCUGAGAGACCUGAACAGCCUCCCAUCCUCAACCAAACCCUUAGACCACACAUGAUGAGACUGAAUUCUCAACCUUAAGGACAUGAAGGACAAAGGGCAUGGAUAAUUUGCUCAGUAUACAAUAUAAGCAACUCUUUUGUAUAUCCAAGGCCACAGUGGUGGGUGACAGAGUUACGAACAGGUUGUGCACUGAUCUGUUAUACUGAAUGAUAGAGGGAUUUGUGAAAGGCUUGGUGAAGUCACUGCUGUCCUAUAAUGUCACAGAGGAAACGGUUGGAGCCCUCACUUUGUGAUUAUGUCAUUGGCUGAUACUUCAUAAAAGGCAGACUGGAGACUCAGAUAGAGCUACCCCACACUCUGAGAGCAAACUGUACAAAACUAGACACAUGAUUUCUAAGUUAUCAUCUGAAGUUAUGAAAAAAUAAUAAUGUGGACGGGGACAUCUUAGAACAUCUUGCCUCACUGCCUCCUUCCUUACUUGUUACCUUCUUCUUGUUCUUCUUCUCUCCUCUCCUCUCUCCCCUUCCCUCACUCGUCCCUUCCCCCGGUCCUCACUGUCUCCUUCCUGUGCUUUGGUGACUCUGGUGAUUUUCCUUUGCUGAAGGGUGUCUGUUGUUUUGCCAAAUGCUGCACAUGUAUUAUUAUCAAGCCCUUUGACAAGUACCAAUCUAGUACUUUUUUUUUCUUUCUCAGAGGCUUUGUAGUCAUGCUUGAGCUCACCUGUACGGGAAAAAAAAGUUGUAACAUACUGUAACUGUAUUUAAUUUUUGUAUAAAAACAGAUAUUUUCAUGACUACGCAAAACAAAAAGAUGUAUUACUUGUUUUCUAUUGCUGCCGACCUGUCCUAGAUGUGGACUAUGAGUGCGUAAGGAGUUUGGUUGUAUUAUUUCUUUGCUUGUGUGGCACAUGGUUCUCUUCAUUUGAGAGCUGCUGUCAAAACUAUGUUUACAUACACACCUACACAAUACACUUCCACCAAAGGGAAAAAGAAAAACAUGUCUUUGUCUUGUUGUUGAAAAGUAGAAAUUUUAUUAAGUAGUUACAUGACAUUUGAGACAACAUGUGAAACAGUGUAUUGUUUGUAGAUAGGUAUAAGCCAAUGACAAUAGCUGAAUGUCAUUUCAAAAGAUUUAUGAAAGCUAUCAAUGCCAAUCUUUGACCAACUCACUGAAGCAACAGUUGCUGGUAACAAUAUAUCAGUCAACAAAUAACUUCCUGGUGCAAUGACUAAGGUUGUUUGUUUUUUUUUUUCUAAUGUGCUGUAACACCAUCCUUCUUGUGCUCAUGAAACGUGGGAGAAACCAGAAGAAUCUCAAGCCAAAAUCCCAUCAGCUUUAUGUAAAUUUAACAAGAAGAAGACUUGGAAAAAAAGGAGAUUGCGCGGCUGUCGCAGAGGUUGUCCAGCUCAAAUCUGUAAUCAGAUCUAAUCCCUGAAUCAAAUGGGAAGAGGGGAAGGUUUUCUGAGCUGGUACGGUUGAAAGCCUGCAUCCUGCUGCGGGAGCCUCAGCGAAGCGACACAUUCGGGAAAUGAGCUUUAAUUCAUGGAGGGUCAAUGAAUAGAAAUGAAGUCGCAUCCCACUGGGUGACAUAUUGAGCACUGAGACCAAUUUCAUUUGAGAGAUUAAUUUUCCUCCCGAGGUUGUCAUGAAACACCUAAUUGUGUUAGAGUCUACUGUAAGUGCCUCUCAUUAAACGACACUGUCAAUGAAAAAAGUAGCGAAUGGCUUUUUUGAGAGAGACGAUUGCCUUGCAAAGCAACUUUUGGAAACUGAGAGGAGGUAUUUGAAACGGGUUAAUACACUGUGCAUGAUAAUUGGACAGGAAUGGAUGUUAGUUAUUCAGAAAAUAAUACAUUUUUGGAAGAAAAAAACAAAAGCUCAUGGUCAACAUAAAUCUGCUGGAGAAAACACAAAAACACAAAUAUGGUUGUCAAUUAAUUUCAAUUAGAAAAUAAAUCAACAACAUCACUAAAUCCUUGAAAACUUCCAUUCAUUAAGCUUCUCCACCAAAUGGUAAUUGUCUAAUGAAACUUAGCGAUCAUAACUGGGUACAGCAGCACUGUCAAGCUAUGGAUUUCACGUUGAAGUUGUGUUUAUGAAUCAAAAACCAAAAGCACUGAACAAGUCUGAGGAAUUCAGUGUCCAUCUAAUUCGCUUAUUAUAACUAAGCAUUACUUUCAAAGCCAAGGAACAUUUCGUACUUAAGCUCAGUUCACAAUAACACAUUCACUGUAGAAUUUCCACUCGCUACUGAGUAAACCCAGUCCGGGAUGCUAUCACAGUUUAGGGCAACGUUUAGUGGCUCUCGAUUGUGUGGGGGGAAGUCUAUGCGCCAGCAACCCACAAUAGUUAGGUUCACCAAAAACAGACCAUAGUCAUUCUUCUGUCUUGUAAUGUGUAGAGUGAAACAUACUGUUUAAAAAUACCACCAAUAAAGCUUGUGACCUCUGUCUUGCUUGUCCGAGUACAUAGCUAAUAAGUAUAAAAGCAAAUCAGCUAAACCGGGUUAGGCUAGCGCUACACUGCAAUACUGUUUCUUUAUUUUCAUGUUUCAUUUUCAUCUUUUGGCAUAUUAUAAUGUAACCAUCAAUAUAAUAUAAUAUUAAUAUGUA